AUGGCCUCGCCCCUUAGAGGAAAGCCCUCUUCGCCCCGAGUGGAGACGACUCGCUAUAAGGAGACUUCGACGGUCCGCGUGGAGACAUCGUCUCACCUCGAGGAGACAACCUCUCGGCAGGUGCGAAAGUCUUCCAGUCGGGUGGAGACCUCUCAGCGCCGCAGCGAGGGGCCUUCCAUUUCCCCCUCUGGAAAACGGCUCCCUCACGUCCUCGAGGUGUCCUCCCAGUUUGUGGAAACCUCCACCCAGCGCAAGGAAACGUCCUCCCGCCACGUCCGAGCCUCAACUUUGCGAGUGGAGACGUCUCUGCACCGCGUGGAGAGCCCAGCCCAGCGGGACAAGCCGGCAACCCGCCAGAAUGUAAAAAUGGCCCCAUGA